AUGUCCGAAGAAGCCCAGACGAUCAGAGAAACUCCCGAAAAAUUGGUAACAGCAGUACGGAAGUCAGUCCUUGCCAGACCCGCUGCCUCUACCAAGACAGCGAGACUUAUUAACAAGCAGAAACUGGGGGAUAAAGCCAACGGAACGGUAGACAUAGGGCAGUGGCCGGCUGAUGCCAUAGCAUACAUCAAAAAACUACGCCGUGACCUAGCUGCUCAUCCUCACAACCGGGACAAGCCUAACACGACCUCUCCUCACAUGAAAGCAGAUGUCCAGAUGACCGAAACAGUGGCACAACCGGAGAUCCCACACGCCAAACUGAAGAUCACCUCCCGAGCGCAAACAGUGCCCAAGACCCCAACAGGCUCGAGGCUCCUUUCACAAAUAGCAGCAGCAUCCACCCACGCCCCCACGAUUGCAUCCCCUAAUGGCCCAAGGCCUGCCCAUGGCGCCAUUUUCACCACAGGUCCCUUCCCCCCUAUCCAUUACUCCCACCCUAUGGCACACAUCGACAACAUUGACCCUAACUAA